CGUUCAAACGAGGUUAUAUAACACGUCCCGCUCGGUGUUGUACUAUUCUUUCCAUGACCAAUGAUCAUGAUGCGUUUACUGCUUGUGCCAGCGCUGUUUGUUCUUGCUGCCUGUGCCAGCAACAAGCCUGAACCUGACAACGGACAGAAUUGUGUUGUGGGCACUUUGUUCACCCAUAUUCUUCAACUGGAACGAACUGUGGCAAAUCUGUCAACAGAACUGAGGUCCAUGGCAUCAAACCAAGAAACAAUGAAAUCCGCUCUACGGGACAAGGACGCACUGCUCGCUAAUAUUACACGAUCACUUGCGGCCCAAGCAACUGACGUGGCCUACAGCGUGUCUCUUCGGUCAAACAUCAACCAGAUUGUUAAAAAACCUUUUACAUUUGACAUCGUCUUGUACAACAAGGGGAAUGCUUACAACAGCGCCACUGGUAUGUUCACAGCCCCCGUGUCUGGCACAUACGUCUUCUGGGCAAAUGUGAUGGUAAGAUCGAGUACCUCUAUGACGCUCAACAUCUUCAAAGGAAGCACGGUGAUUGGUCGAGGGCAUAUCGUCCGCCACGUAAAUGGUGUAGCAUCAAUCACCACAACUACCUACUUGGGCCAAGGAGACCAGGUCUGGAUGCGUAAAUCUGGAAAUCAUGGAAAUCUC